GAGCGCGUUCAAAAGACAUUUCCUCAUCCAAUAGACAAGUGGGCGAUUGCUGAUGCGCAGUCUGCUAUAGAGAAACGAAAAAGAAGAAACCCUCUCCUGCUACCUGUGGACAAAAUACAUCCUUUAUUAAAGGAGGUCCUAGGUUACAAGGUAGAUUACCAUGUCUCUCUGUAUAUCGUGGCUGUCUUAGAAUACAUCUCGGCUGACAUUUUAAAGCUGGCUGGAAACUAUGUUUUCAAUAUACGGCACUUUGAGAUCUCCCAGCAGGACAUUAAAGUAUCGAUGUGUGCUGAUAAGGUUUUGAUGGAUAUGUUUGAUCAAGAUGACAUUGGUUUGGUUUCUCUCUGUGAAGAUGAGCCCUCUUCUUCUGGGGAACUCAACUACUAUGACCUAGUGAGAAACGAAAUUGCAGAAGAAAGGCAAUAUCUGCGGGAGUUGAAUCUGAUAAUAAAAGUAUUUCGGGAAGCUUUCCUAUCAAACAGAAAAUUGUUCACACCUAAUGAUAUCGAUGUGAUAUUUAGCAACAUCUCAGAUAUUCAUGAGUUGACAGUGAAGCUUUUAGGAUUGAUUGAGGACACUGUUGAAAUGACUGAUGAAAGUAGUCCUCACCCUCUGGCUGGCAGCUGCUUUGAGGAUCUUGCAGAGGAGCAAGCCUUUGAUCCAUAUGAAACCUUGUCCCAAGAUAUUCUCUCUCCACAAUUUCAUGAGCAUUUUAAUAGCUUAAUGGCAAAACCUGCUGUUGCUCUCCACUUUCAGUCUACUGCUGAAGGGUUUAAAGAAGCUGUACGAUACGUCCUCCCACGACUUAUGCUUAUCCCAGUCUAUCAUUGUUUGCACUACUUUGAGUUACUACAG